CCCAUAAUGGGAGUCUGGGAAUGAGAAAGCAUGUGCUCGACGGCUGUAGCGUGCUAAACAAAUCUCUCAUCAAUCAAAGAAAUUUAGCCAAAUCAACUUUUUUAUCCUUUGUUCUUAGAGUUUGGUUUUUAUUUUGUGUAUAGACGUUAUAAUAGAAAAACAUGUACGCAGCACCUCGGUACGCCAACCCAUUUGCGCCUGACGCAAAGCUUGAACAACCACCGACAAUAGCUGCAGCAAGGCUACAAGAUUUCAGCUCCGAUCACCCCCCAGAAAUUCCUCGAGGUAACAUUCACAACCGUCCCCCGAAUAGGGGAAGAGGUGGUAACAACAAUCGUGGAAGACAGGCUGCUCCAAAAUCACAAGGGAACAGCAACAACUGGGACAAUCCUGCUCCUUACCCACCAAAUCACCGUGGAUAUUCCCCCCGAUCCCAACCAUUUUCAAAUUUUUCCAGAAGUGGCCGUGGGCACCCCUACCACGCCGGGCCACGACCGAAAAAUGCUUGGCACAACUUCCGUGGUCAACAGGAUAAUAAAUGCUAUAAUUCCAAUAGCCAGGAUGAAAAAGAUAGUCCUUGGAUGACACCAGAGCUUUUGAAACUAAUACAGGAGAAAGAUGAGUUGUGGAAAGUUUGUAAUGAUACCAGAUCUGAAGAAAAUCACAGAAAUUUCAAAAUUAAACGGUUUGAAGUUAACAUGGCUGUGAAUGACGCCAAAAUAUUGUUUCGCCAGCAGAACCCGCAAUUCGGUCAGUACAGUUCGUACACUCAAGUUUUUCGGCGGACGGUUGCGAAGCCAGAGUUUUAUUGCGACCCUUGUGAAAAGGAAUUUAUUUCUCAAGACCAGUUAGAGGAACACAAGACUGAACAUAUCACGUGCAAACUAGAUGGGUGUCAAUAUACUGCUCACGUUAAGCUUGUCAUGAAACACAUUGAACUACAACAUGCUACCAACUUAUUUCAAAGAAUUAAAGGAUACGACACUCCUGAAGGCGUAGAAAAGUGGAAAGAAGAGAGAAGGAAAAACUUUCCUACUCCUGAAAAUACUCUCAGGAAAAAAGCGGAAAUUGCUGAGAGGAAGGCUCGAGGGGAUAUACUUACGGCAAAAGAAGAUUUCCCUGGAAUUGAAAUAUUCAGACACAAGAUAGUUCCAGAAGAACGGAAAUCCAGACAAUAUGGUGCAGGAUAUCAAAGUGAUGGAAAUGAAGAGCUACCGUUGAAAAUGCGGCCAGGAACAAUUAGAUUCAUGAACUUGAACAAAAGUCCUGCAAUUCAACUUCACAAUUUUUACACUGAUGUGGUUGUAUCAGAUGAUGGAACGCUUUUGGGAUCCAUGCGUGAAACGUGGACAAGUCUGAAGAAUAAUGAUGAUUGUAAUGAAGAGAGUUUUACCAAGGACAAGUCUGACGACCAUAAUGCUGAUGAGGAGUUCAACAUCACUGAUGAUGAAGAUGAUGGGAUUGUUCGCCGUCAAUCUGUAAUUCUGAAAUCCCAAACCAAGGAAAUUGUUAAUGCAGAUAUUGCCACAUUUGCCCCCCAGAAGAGUACAAUCGUAGAAGAAGACGAAAUGACAGCUAUUGUGAAUAAUAGUGGCACCACGUCAAAAAGUUUUGGACUGGCAGGACUCAUAGGUUACGAAUCAAGUCCAGACUCUGAUAUUGAACAAGAAGAUGGAGAAAUUAAAAGUGGCGACGAGGAUACAAGUAACCUGAAUCCCGUGAACGUUCCCACUACCCCUUCGAUAUAUACUGAAGUGCUUAGUAGUAGUAUGGUUUCUGCAUCAUUAUCUUCUGAUGACGAAGCACCAGAUGAAAUUCCAACUGUAAUUUCAAAAGAGGUGGACCGUCCUACAGCGAAGGAUAAUUCUCCUCCUACAGAUAAACCAAGCCUUCAGGAUGUCAAAGACCCUAAUUCUAAACCUUGUUGGAAAGAUGAAAAACGUGCAGACGGUAGAAACCGGAGACUAGGAAAGAGAUCUGGGAAACAAUCACAAACACAAAUGCAAAGAGCUCAAAGUGUUCGACGAAAAUAUACACUUCUUCAACGCCUACUGGCACCGGAUAUUAGAAGGGAAAAGAACAUGGUGUUACAAGUUUGCCGUUUUCUCGUUGACAGAAAUUUUCUUGACCCAAACAAACCAAAAGAAAAUUAGUCAAUGGGCAAUAACGGUUCUCUAUUAGAUAAGUAGGACACAACUGUAACAGAGAGAUCAACGGGAGGUGUGAAUCGAGUUACAAGAUUCUUGUGUACGAGAACAGCAAAGACAAUGAAUUAAUUAUGUUGUUCACGAUUAUGUGCCUUGCUUUUAUUCCUAGUGUAUAACGAGGGAGUAGUAAUUUUGUAAGUCACAUUUGCGCUUUAUAAUUUUGACUAAUUAGGAUUUAUAAUUUUAUCACUGCCUUAUUAUACAUUUUCCUUUUUCACGCAAUAAAUUAUUAUGUACAUGUUUA